AUUCUUACAUUUCUAAUUUUAUUUUCUUUAUAUAUAGGUGAAAGUUCCUGCAAAAUUACACAACUCCAACUAACUUACAAGACUACUAUUUAACUUUACUAGACUGCACCAAUAUUAUAUUUUGGGUAAAAUAACAUUUUAUUCAUUUUAGGGUUUGUUCUUUCACAUAUCUAAUUUAUUAAAACUAGGUAUUAAGAUACUAAACAACUUUUAGAGUAUAUGAAUCAAAAUAUUAUUUCAAUCUAGAUUAUUUAAAAAAAAUUCAAAAUGAGUCAUUAUGAAUUGACCUAAUUGUAAGAAAUGGAACAUAGACUCAAUAAAUGGCUAAGAAAUCGUAGAUUUAAUUCACGGUGGUAUUUUAUAUGUUUUCUUGAUAUCAAAAUGACUAAAUAUUUAGAUUGUCUGAUAAAAAGGAAACACCUCCUGGUGUGAUAGCGAGUGGAAGGAAAAGGGAAAAAACUUCUAGUUUAAUUUAAUCCAGUAAAGGAUCAAGAAUAUUGAUAUUAUAAACCUAAUAUAUAACUUUUAAACAUGAGUGAUGUAGGAUAUGGUUUUGGGAAGCAAGAAAGAAAUUGGACGGGAGGAGGGACAAAGUGGGGAUUAUGAGAAAAGGGUAGGGAGAUUUUUGAGAUGGUGAGAGAAGAAAAUAGAAACCCAACCCAGGUUCUAUCCGGUUUCCUAAGGGUCUGCUUCUCUUUACUCGGAAAAUCGGAAACUCGUUUUGACUGGGGGCAAGCAGCCCCACUCGUUUGAAAUCUCCAAAUGAAACAUGUUUUCUUUUCAACAUUUUAAAAACAAGACCACACUACGCAAUUUUAAAAAGUACUUCUAAAUCAACUUUUAGAUUUUAUAUUUUAUAUUUACCAAAGUUCUUUAAUUAUUUUAUUUAAGAUACCAUAUUCUUAAAUAAUCCCACUAUUCUCCCUCUUCUUUCUACUUUCUUUUUAUUAAGUAAGUCGUAUUUUAUCAAAUAAAAAAAUAUAUAUAUUUUUCAGAUAAAAAUGGUUUGAGAUAAACUUUAUAAGUGUUUCAAAAGUUUACUUUCAUUUAUUUCAAAUGAUUUAUUUUUAAAUUUCAACAUUUAAAUAGUUAAACCCAAAAGCUUUUAAAGAUGGUGUAUAAAUUGACAAAAUGCACCGUUGCUUAAAAUAAAGAUAUCUUAGUUCAAUCAUUUUUUUUAAUUAAAACAUGGUGAUAAUUUCUUUAUUAAUUUAUGAUAGUUUAACUUAUGCUAGUGCCCAAAUAAUUUCGACUAAUAAAAUAUUUCCUUUAAAAGCUUUUUAACUUUUGUUAAAUGUGUUUGAAAAUGUGUUAACUACUUGUUUGUUUCUGUUAAAAGCAUCAUUUAUAAUUUUAACCAAAUAACAUCAAUUAAAAAAUACUUUUAAUCCUCAGUAAUGGUAUUUUUAAAAUAAUAAUAAUCAUAAAUUUAAUCAAGAUCUAAUUAUCAACCAUUAUAGAAUAUUCUCCUACAAAUAGAAUUAACCCCCACAAAUAUAGUUAAGUGGUAUUCUCGUAAGAAAUGUAAGCGAAGUAUAAACUACGAGUAUAGUUAACGUAUUUAAGUGGAUUUAAACAAAUCUCCACACCAAAAUCAAAGAUUCAAAAAUCUUUUUUAACUACAAAUAUGACAAAAUAUUUAAAAAGUUCACGGGAGUUCAAGCAAAGUCUAUAUUUUUUAUUUUGAAUCAUUUCAAACAAUUUUUAAGCUACACUAUUAGUUUAAUGAAUAAGUAGUAUAAUGAUUUGAGAAAGUGUUUUCGAUGUAAAAUUGAAGAGAUACUUAUGUGAUUAUAACAAUUUACACAUAAUACCAUUUUUCUAAUCUACAUGUCUUCUUUUGGUUUGAAGUUUUUCACAGCAGUUUAUUAUUUCAGUUUUAUUGAUUUCUUUGUUAUCUUUCAUUUUACAUUUGUAGUAAUAAUAAGAAAUUCUUUGUAACAAGUUUAGAAAGGAAGAACAUGUUAAUGUUAAUUACUACUGAGUUUAUCUCAUUUGAUGAAGUUCUUUUGUAAGAAAAAAGAAAAAUAAAAGCAAAAUAAAAGUUUUCGUAAAACGUGUGGACGGUGAGAUCUAUGGAAGAAAAAGCUGCUCUCUCUCUCUCUCUCUCUCUGCCUUUUGGCGUUUCCCUCUCUAAACUGUAUAAAAAGAGAACCCAGUGGCAAGGCCAAUCAAUAAGAACCCGGUGGUUUCCCAACCAAUCUAUUUUUCCCUCUAACACUUUCUCUUCCAACCUUCAUUUUUUCCCAUCUCUACAAAAGAAAUCAACUUCCCAGUUCCCAAGGAAUAAGGGAAAGAAAACUGGAUGGCACUAGCAAAUGAAAUUAUUGGAUCAUCUUUUCUUCACAAAACAUCCUCUGUUUCUUCUCAGUUUCAAGGUAAGCAAUUCUUCAGGCCAAUUUGGGUGGUUCCAGUAGCGAAAAGGCAGGUGGUUGCACAAUUAAGGAAGGCUGUGAACAGCCCUGUGGCUGCUAUCAGUGAGGAUUUAGUCAAGGUUGUCCCCUUGGACGAGAAGCCGGUUAAGUACAAGGUCAGAGCCGUUGUAACUAUCAGAAACAAGAACAAGGAAGACAUUAAAGAAACUAUUGUUAAGCAUUUGGAUGCUCUCACUGAUAGGAUUGGCCAGAACGUUGUUCUCCAACUCAUCAGCACCGAGAUUGACCCAAAAACAAACGCUCCAAAGAAAAGCAACGAGGCUGUUUUGAAAGAUUGGUCAAAGAAAACUAAUCUAAAAGCCGAGAGGGUAAAUUACAUAGCAGAAUUUUUACUGACCUCGGACUUUGGAGAGCCUGGAGCCAUCACAAUUACCAACAAGCAUCAACAGGAAUUCUUCUUGGAGACUAUCACAAUCGAGCAAUUUGCAAAUGAUCCUAUUCAUUUUCCCUGCAAUUCCUGGGUUCAGUCCAGAAAAGAUCACCCUGCGAAGAGGAUAUUUUUCUCUAAUAAGCCUUAUCUACCAGGUGAGACACCUGCAGGGAUUAAAAAAUUAAGAGAGAUUGAGCUUAAAGACAUUAGAGGUGAUGGGAAAGGAGAAAGGAAACUGUCUGAUCGAGUAUAUGACUUUGAUGUGUACAACGAUUUGGGAAAUCCAGACAAAGGAAUAGAAUACGCUCGCCCAAGGCUUGGUGGAGAGAAAAUUCCAUAUCCUAGAAGAUGUCGCACCGGACGUGCCCCUUCCGAUACUGAUAUGACUGCAGAGAGUCGAGUUGAGAAACCGUUACCCAUGUACGUGCCAAGGGACGAACAAUUUGAGGAGUCUAAACAAACCACUUUCUCUCUUGGGAGGCUUAAGGCAGUUCUUCACAACUUAAUUCCAUCCCUCAAAGCCAGUAUUUUGUCAAACAAACAUGAUUUCCAUGGUUUCUCAGACAUUGACAGCCUUUACAGUGAAGGGGUGCUCCUUAAAUUAGGCUUGCAAGAUGAACUCCUAAAGAAGCUCCCACUGCCAAGAGUUGUGAGUGAAUCCAGCCAAGGACUGCUAAGAUACAACACACCCAAGAUCCUUUCCAAGGACAAGUUUGCCUGGCUGCGAGAUGACGAAUUCGCCCGCCAAGCAAUAGCAGGAGUUAACCCAGUCAACAUUGAGAGGCUCAAGGUUUUCCCUCCUGUGAGCAACCUUGAUCCCGACGUUUAUGGUCCACUGGAAUCUUCCCUUAAAGAAGAGCACAUUCUUGGCCAAAUUAAUGGGAUGACCGUGCAGCAGGCAUUGGAUGAAAACAAAUUGUUUAUAGUGGAUUACCAUGAUGUUUACCUUCCAUUUAUUGAUCGGAUCAACGCUCUCGACGGCAGGAAAACAUAUGCAACUCGCACAAUAUUCUUCUUGACACCACUUGGAACUCUCAAACCUAUCGCCAUAGAGCUCAGCCUUCCAUCAACUGCACCAAGUUCUCGAUCAAAGCGUGUCGUAACUCCACCAGUCGACGCCACAAGCAACUGGACGUGGCAGCUCGCCAAGGCUCACGUCUGCUCCAACGACGCCGGAGUUCAUCAACUUGUUAAUCACUGGUUGAGAACGCAUGCAACCUUAGAGCCAUUCAUAUUGGCAGCACACAGGCAACUAAGCGCAAUGCACCCAAUCUUCAAGCUCUUAGACCCACACAUGCGAUACACAAUGGAGAUCAACGCAUUGGCGCGCCAAAGCCUGAUCAGCGGCGACGGAGUGAUCGAGUCUUGCUUCACUCCAGGCCGUUACUGCAUGGAGAUCAGUGCCGCAGCUUACAAAAAUUUUUGGCGCUUCGACAUGGAAGGCCUUCCCGCCGAUCUCAUACGCAGGGGAAUGGCUGAACCGGACCCUUCAAAGCCUCAUGGACUCAAGCUUUUGAUGGAGGAUUAUCCGUACGCUAGCGAUGGGCUUCUGAUUUGGGCCGCAAUCGAGAAUUGGGUAAAAACCUAUGUCACUCAUUACUACCCAAACCCUAGCAUGAUCCGCAAAGAUGAAGAGUUGCAAUCCUGGUACUGGGAGUCCGUCAAUGUAGGCCACGGUGAUCUCCGCCAUGAAACCUGGUGGCCGGAAUUGAACAACUGCGACGAUCUCAUCUCCAUUCUCACCACGCUCAUCUGGCUCUCAUCGGCACAACACGCAGCACUAAACUUCGGCCAGUAUCCAUACGGAGGCUACGUACCGAACCGACCUCCAUUAAUGCGUCGACUAAUUCCCGACGAGAACGAUCCAGAGUACACGAUCUUCCUGAACGAUCCUCAGAAGUAUUUCCUCUCAGCAUUGCCUAGUGUCCUGCAGGCGACGAAGUUCAUGGCGGUGGUAGAUACACUAUCAACUCACUCGCCGGACGAGGAGUACCUCGGAGAAAGACAGCAACCGUCGAUUUGGACGGGGGAUGCGGAGAUGGUGGAGGCAUUUUACGGAUUCUCGGCGGAGAUCAGAAGGAUUGAGAAGGAAAUCGAUAGAAGAAACUCGGAUGGACGGUUGAAGAACCGGUGCGGCGCCGGAGUUUUGGCGUAUGAACUGCUAGCGCCAAGCUCCGAACCGGGAGUUACUUGCCGGGGAGUUCCUAAUAGUGUGUCGAUUUGAGGCAAUUCCAUUUCCCGCCAUUGUUGAGGUGAAGAGGAAUAUUUAUAUGAAUUUAUUUAAAUAUUUAGAGAAGGAAAAGAAAAUAGUAAAUUAGGGAUAUUUUUGUAAAUGCUGUCAAGCUUGAGCUUUAAUAUAAUGAUUAAAUUAGAUGAAAUUAAGCAAUAAAGUUUGUUCUAUAGGAUGUAUAAAAUGCAUUGAGCUUAAUGUAGCACAAUUUUUAAUUUAUAA